AUGCAGCUUCGACUAGAUCUGGAUCGAAGCCGAAGAAGCCUUCUGGCUGCCGCACAUCCACAUCUCACCCCUAUAUAAAGAUUUCUGUACUGACUCACCAUUACCGCCCUCCAUCCUCUCCAACCACGAGAUGACGGAGACCAAUACUUGGUUGAUCACCGGAGCGAACCGGGGAAUCGGACUUGAGCUCACCAGACAGCUGCUUACCAUACCGACUAACAUCGUCGUCGCGACCUGCCGCAACCCGAACGGCGCGACUGAGCUCCGCGCGCUCAAGGACGUUGCGCAGGGCACACUACACAUUGUUCUGAUCGACGUCUCGUCUGAGGGCUCGAUCAAGAACUCGGUUUCAACUGUCCAGACGGCCUUGGGUGAAGGAGGCAUCGAUGUUUUGUGUAACAACGCAGCCAUUAUUGAACGAGAUGAUGCCCCAUCGAAUGUCAACCCGGAGGUGUUCUUGCGCACGAUGCAGGUUAACGUUGUCGGGCCGAUGCUGCUCUACCAGGUGUAUCUCCCAUUGCUGGAGAAGGGUAAGAAGAAGACGGUCAUAAACGUGUCGAGCACACUCGCAAGCAUCGGUCUGAACCACGGUGUCAAAUCCACUUCGUACAGCAUCAGCAAGGCUGCUUUGAAUAUGCUUACCUACAAGAUGACGAAGGACCGUCCGGAGUUCAUCGCGAUUGCGCUCGAUCCCGGAUGGGUGAAGACCGACAUGGGUGGGGAGGGAGCACAGCUCGAAACCGAGUUUUGCGCGUCGCACUUAAUCAAACUCAUCACCUCGCUGAAGAAUGAGGAUAGCGGAAAGUUCUUCACAUACGCAGGCAACUCAGUCCCUUGCGACCCUCACCAUGUCUCAUUCUGCCGCCAUGGCGCGGUCUACGUCCGCAAGAACUACACCGUCUCAAAGUACCCCGAGGACUCGGAGCUGAAAAGCAAGGUCUACCUCCUUGAGCACUUCGAACGGCACAUCGCUGUCCGCCUCUACGAGGACCACAACUACACUUUCGAGUACAUCUAG